GCUUCAGCCAGAGCCGGGAUCCCUUUGUGCUAAUAGCCCCGUCCUCAUUUGCUGCCUAAUUGGACUAUAUAAAGGCAAUAACGGGCGGGCGCUCGUAGCCUCCAGCCACAGCAGCACGUCGCGGGGGGGGAGCCGGGGCCGCGGCGGCUGCGGGCAGGGGCUGCGCGGAGCCUUCUCCUCCCGGCUGCCUCCCCGCCUAAUCCCAUUUGCCAUUGUGCGUGCCCAAUCGCCGUGGGCUCCCCGCGUUUAACUUGGAUGACAUUUUGAUUUCAUCAUUAGCAUCCGGCGCCAGGUUGACGCAGCAGCAGCGGCGGCGGCGGCGGGAGGCGGCGGCGGCAGCGACGACCCCGGCUCUCCGCCUGGCCGCAGCAGAACCCCCCGGUGCCGCGGGCUGCGCGGGUUCCCCUCGGCCCCCCGCCCUGCCGCCCCCCCAUGCGAGGGGCCCCCGGCCGGCCCCGCCGCCGCGCUCCCCCCGCCGCCCCGCCGCGCCUCUCCCCCGCGCCGCCGGGAGCCGCCACCUGCGCGCCGGGCGCGGGCUGCGGGGCCAGCGGCGGGCACCGGAGGAUGCCGGAGACGGGGCAGGAGCCUCCCAGCGCCCCUCCGCCGCCCGCCAAGGAGUCCUUCUACAUCAAGAACCUGCUCAACGGCGGCCCCCCCAAGGCGAGCCCCAAGCAGCCGCGGGCUCUGUUCGCCCCCUCGGGCAAGGCGGCGGCGGCGGCGGCGGUGGACGGCGCCGGCUUCGCCCUCUCGCAGGUGGGCGAUCUCGCCUUCCCCCGCUUCGAGAUCCCGGCGCCUCGCUUCGCCCUGAGCGCCCACUGCCUGGAGCGCGCCCAGACCUGGUGGUACCCCUACGCCCUGACGCCGGCCGGAGCCCACCUGCCCCGCACGGAAGCCGCGGAGAAAUCCCUGCUGAGGGACUCGUCCCCCGCCUCGGGCACCGACCGGGACUCCCCGGAGCCGCUGCUGAAGGCGGAGGGGGAGCAGAAGGAGCUGGACUCCAAGAGCCCCCCCGACGAGAUCGUCCUGGAGGAGAGCGACUCGGAGGAGGCGAAGAAGGAAGGGGGAGCGGAGGACUGGAAGAAGCGGGAGGAGAGCCCGGAGAAGAAACCCUGCCGCAAGAAGAAGACGCGGACGGUGUUCAGCCGCAGCCAGGUUUUCCAGCUGGAAUCCACCUUCGACAUGAAGCGCUACCUGAGCAGCUCGGAGCGGGCCGGCCUGGCCGCUUCCCUACACCUGACAGAGACCCAGGUGAAGAUUUGGUUCCAAAAUCGACGCAACAAGUGGAAGAGGCAGCUGGCGGCCGAGCUGGAGGCCGCCAACCUCAGCCACGCCGCCGCGCAGCGCAUCGUCCGCGUCCCCAUCCUCUACCACGAGAACUCGGGCGCGGAGGGGAGCGCGGGGGGCGGCGGAGCCCCCGGUACCCAGCCCCUGCUCACCUUCCCUCACCCCGUCUAUUAUUCCCACCCCGUGGUCACCUCCGUGCCGCUCCUGCGGCCCGUCUGAGGCCGCCCGGCCGCCCGCUCGCCGCCGCCGCUGCUGCGCGGAGGGGCGCGGAGAGGCGCGCAACUCACCGGCCCCGCUUGUAAGUACUUCAGCCACUCGUGCGAUUCACCCGG